GAGCAGCUAAAAACACAGGAAAUCAAAUCAGAGGAAACAUCCAACAGUCUGGUGGCGCCACAGCAGGAAACUCUCACCUUCAGGGAACCUUUGUUUUAUCUACUAUAGUUUGUGUUCAUUAAUGAUCAGAGUUCUACUCUAGAACUCUCUCCAGGGGACGUUCUCCUUUCCUGCUUCCAGUCUUUAAGUUUAGUCUCACUUAGAACAUUUCAGGUCCUUGAAGUCCAUAGAGGUGGGUCCAGAUUUAUCACUUUUUAAUGGACGUUUUCCAUCAUUUCUGAGCCUCAGAACUUCAUCAGUCCAGUAGACAGACUUGUGACAUUGAACACUGGACAAUUUAAGGUCAUUUUGGAGUAAUAUGAGGCAAGUUUUGUACAUAUUUCAAAUAUUUUAAAUCUUUUUAACAUCUUUUUGUGAUUUUGAACUAUUGUUUGAGUCUAGUUAAGGCAUAUUUUUUAGUCAUUUUAUGCAUUUCUUGUCAUUUUGGACAGGUUACAAUAACUACAGACACACAUCAAGUCUUUUUGGAUAUAUUUUUCAUAACUUAGACAAGUUUUAAUUAAUUUUCAAAUUGAGUCAGUCUGGAAAGAUUUUAAGUGAUUUUUAAUGUCUUUUCUCUUUUUGAACUAUUUUUCUAAUCAUCGUAGAGAAAUUUUAAGAAAAUCUCAUCUGAGUUCUGAUAAAAACUAAACACAAAUGGAAGUAAAAUGAUAGAAAACACACAAAUCAGCCACUUCAGGAUGCAGAAGGACACAAUUACUGCAAAAACACAAAAGCUGAGUAGAAAAGGACGCACAAUAAACACAAAGAGCCAGAAACAACACAAAAUGAUCACAAAAAGCAGCGGAAAAUUACCAAUAAGAGCUCGGAAUGACACAAAAUAACCAUAAAGCUUCACAAAACGAGCACAGAGACCCAAAAUAAGCACAAAAUCACCACAAAAUGACAGAAACAACGCAGAAUGACCACAAUAAUACACACAAAAAAGACAAAUGGACAAAGAAAGACCACAAAAACAACACAAGAUGAUCACAAAGAGAAACAAAAUGACAACAAAGGCAGAAAGUUAACACAAAAACAACACAAAAUAACUAGGAAGAACCAGAAAAAACACAAAAUGUCCACAGAAUGACUCUGUCUCUUUCUAACCGUCCAGGAGCAGCUGUCCAUUAAACUAAGUGUUUUCUGUCUGUUGUUUCUCGGACUGAGGCGGACUUUGUUCACAUCCCAGUGAAUUAUUACUGAAACGCGUUCUGUCGCCUCCGCCCCGCUAGCAGCAGCUCGGCUAGCAGGCUAACAGCGGCCCAAACACACUCCUUUUUCUCCCAUUUUCACACCAAACGCCUUUUUUUACCGGAGAAACGGCGACGGUGAACGUGUAUCGGCGGUUUGAAGGAGAAGGCGGCGGGGCUAGCGGUCUGAAUACCGGUGUCUUACCGUCGGUUGGUCGCUCCGGUUCUCGGACAGCUGACCGUUUAAAUGUCCCAACGGUUGUUUACACACACACGGCAUCACGUGGUGUCGCUGACACGCGCACUGGGCUCAUACGUCCCUGACAUGCGCACUAGGCUCACACGACCGUUAAAUUAAUACAUUUAAAAACACGCUAAUCAAAAAAUCCUUUCGAUUAUAGUUCGCAAUUUGUUAUUUUUUUUGCACCGAUAGAUUUAAAAGUGUUGUAUGAUCACGAACAGAUUUUAUUGUGGAUUUUAAAAAAUUCACUUUAACCGAGAGCAGGCCAGACUCCGUUCAAUAAUCUGCUAUUUUAAGGAGAAAUCCCAAACGUGUGAAGUGAUUUAACGGCGAAAAAUCAAACAUUAAAUAUUUUCUGGAUUCAUUAACAUGCCUCAUUAAUUCGGCGCUACUUUUGAUUAAAUAAUAAUACAAAUUAAAUAAAUCAUUUGUCUAUUUUUUUUAAACAAACAGAAUCAUAUUUGAAUGUGUAACACAAACCUCUUCCAAAUAAGUUUUUUGAAUUUCUUUUUUUAUUUUUGUAACAAUGGGUAAAUGACAAAAAAAUAAAAAAGACUACAGAGAUGGAAAUGUCUGAAAACAACCUGAGAGACGCAAAGUGAAUCAAACUAAAUACAGAGACAACGAAAACAGUUGUGUACAGUGGUGUAAAACAAGCAUUUCUUUAUGUUUCGUGUAUCCCAAUUUAAGAUCAGCCUCUCUUUAGUGGUAAUCCGCCUCGGUUUAUUUCAUAUGUACAAAAACUUUGCAUAGAAACAGGAACUUUUGUAAAAACGGUUGGAUUCAGAAUAGAGUUCUGCGUGAAGCCUACUGCGCAGACUCCGAUGCAUCCCGGAAGUGUAGGAUCGUGGGAGCAGAAGUUGUGGCUGUUUUCUCUCCUGCUCUUUCCACUUCCACACAGAAUCGACCUCAUUCGAACCCCCGGCAGGUAGAUAGAGGGGCAGUUAAGCACCGCCCGGCUCCUCCUAGACCUGCCCCGGGGGUAACAGAACUUCCUGUCCUGAGGAAGCAAGACUCGGAAAAGUUAAUUCUGCCUAAAGCUGCCAGAACCACCUGGACGGGACCGUCAUGUCCGACUUCGACCUGGUCCCGGUGGACGGCGGGGAUCCCGUCCACCUGCCGCCGGGGGAGACGGUCGUGGGCCGCGGUCCGUUCCUGGGAGUCAGCGAUAAAAGAGUUUCCAGACAACACGGGCUGCUGGAGAACCUGAACGGACAGCUGAGGCUCAAACCGAUCCACCUGAAUCCCUGCUUCGUUCAGUCGUCCUUAAGCGAUGAGCCUCGGCCUCUGCAGAAAGACUCCUGGCACCUCCUCCAUCAUGGAGACUUGUUCUCGCUGCUGCCGGGUCGGUUCAUCUACGAGGUGGUGGCGGUGGGCGGAGAGGAACACACUCCCAGAAACAGCCAGAUGUUUGACGAGGAGGAACUUCAGCUUUCUCCUGCUGCUGGACCAGACCAGAAGCAGAACCAGAGUCCACCUCAGGACGUUCUGACACCAGCAGCUCCAUCAAACAUCGAGGACACCAACAGUCCCAGCAGCAGUCCCAAACAGGAAGACUCAGCUCGACUAGUGGAGGAUGUUCAGAGAGAUGAUGCCCCGUCUGUAACCAGGAGGAGAGUUUUACCUGCAUGGAUGAUGGCGGCUGUGGCAGCUCCGAGGCCUUCGUCCUCCCAGAAAGCUCCCUCGGCUGUGAAAGGAGGUAAAUCUCCUGCAGUGUCAGUCAGCAGUAAACGAGCGGCGGCAGCACGGGCCACACCCACUGUGUCAUCCUCACCUGUGGAGGCGGAGCUUAGCGAGGAAGAAGAGGAAAGACCGAGGAAGAGGACGAGGAAGAUGAGCAACAGAGAAGAAAAACGUCAGACUGAAAAGGAUGUUCUGUCAGAAGAACCCAGCAGGUCUGAACUCAGCGGUGAGUCUGACAACUUCCCUGCGGCGUCAGGAAAAGGAAACACCUCAACACGGACGUCUGAAAUCAGUGAAUCUGAGACGGACAAGAAGCCGAAAAGCAAACUCACAGCUAAAGAAGCUGAGUCCGUGGAGUCGAACGGCAGCUCGGCGUCCGUCCAGCCUCCGUCCAAAUGCCCAGUCAGGACGGCGUGUCCAUACGGGAAGGACUGCUACAGGAAGAACCCGCUUCACUUCCAGGAGUGCAGUCACCCUGGAGACACCGACUACGAGGAAGAGGAGGAGGACGAAGACGACGAGGACCGACCUGAAUGUCCCUACGGCACCGACUGCUACAGGAAGAACCCUCUACACAGGAAAGAAUAUAAACACACCAGGAGACCAGCUCGAGCUACACGUCGCGUCGCCAAAAACACUCCUGACGAAGACGAAGAGGAUGAAGACGAAGAGUACGAUGACAGCUUCAUCGACGACGACAGCGAGGACGUUGGCGACGACUCGGACUACGUCCCUCCGGAGUCGGAUGACGAGGGCAAGGAGGACGUCAAACGGCUGCAGAGAGAAGCUGCGACUUUCCUGAAGAGGAGGAAGUAGAUUCAUGUCACUUCAUUUCCAGCUUCGACUGGAAACACAAAUAAGUCAGACGUCUGGAUCCAAACUGCCUCAAACAUUGAACAGAUGAAGGUCGAUCAUUGACAGCGAAAAUUCAGAACAGAAUCAAUUCAGGGAAAAUCAGCCAGUGUCUGGUUCUGUAUCUCCAGUAAAUUUAUUAAUGAUCAGAGUUCUACCUUCAGACUGUGGAUAUUUCCAGAUUUCCAGGUUCUUAAAGUCCAUAGAGGUGGUCCAAGAUAUUAAUCAAUGAUCUGGACAGUUGUCAGUAGGUCUACUCUAGAACAACUAGAGAAAGUUCUCGAGUAGACCUACCGACACCUGGAGAAAGUUCUAGAGUAGACCUACCGACAACUAGAGAAAGUUCUAGAGUAGACCUACCGACAACUGGAGAAAGUUCUAGAGUAGACCUACCGACAACUGGAGAAAGUUCUAGAGUAGACCUACCGACACCUGGAGAAAGUUCUAGAGUAGACCUACCGACACCUGGAGAAAGUUCUAGAGUAGACCUACCGACAACUCUUAGGAUCACUGAUUAGUCCGUGCAAAAGUGGUAAAUCUGUCUCUGAUUUGAGCGCUGAUCUCAACAGAACCAGAACCUAUCAGUUUUUCUGAUCUUGAUAAAGUAAUAAUUCAGACUUUUUGUGCCUUUUAAAGGAAGAAACGUUGUCAGGUGAGUUUUGUGUUCGGGGACUUUCAACAUGAUCUUUGUGGCGAUGAAAGAAAAUGUUUGUUCUGUUUGUAUUUUAUCUUAUUGUAUCCGUGUAAAUGUGCUCUUCUGCUUUAAAUACAUCCUGUAAAACGGA